AGUCAAAGCAAAACAGGAAACCUCAACCGUCAUGGCCUCUAGCCUGCCAUCCCUCGAAGUAAUAUUUCUAGUGAUUUCACAAGUCUCAUAAUAUGUAUGACUCUACGUCCCUAAUAAACAGGCCGAAACCAGACUUACAAGACACAAUCUGCGAAUCAAGCCAUAUAAGAGCGUCGUUUUAAUAAACCGUAACCAUUCUCUAUUCCCAAAUACCUUACACAACCUUAAACACCAUGAACACAACCAACUUCGCAAACACAAGUCCAGCAGACGACGCCCAUCUAGUGCGGUGUUGGAGGAUCCAGAACUGCAAGGACUGUCUCACGACGCAGCCGGACUGCAGCUGGUGUCCGUUCUCAUGGACCUGCGUCCCCAACACCGCCCGAAUCCCGCUCCUAGCACCGGCCUGGGACGAGGACGUAUGUCCGCACUGGGCGGAGCGGUGGGAGAUCCGCACACGGCCGCUAGGAUGCCAGGUCUCGACCAUCACGACUCUAACGUCCCUCGUGACCAUCGCAUCCACGCUCGUCCUCGUCUUACUCGUCACUUUGAUCGUCUGGGGAGCCCGGAGAUUGAGAGCAUACGGGAAGAAAAAUCCUGGCUGGUGGAGGGUAUCUAAGUCCGAUUUGAAACGACUGCCCGCCAGGUGGCGAUUGUGGCUGCGCACUAAGGUAGGAGCUAGAGAUGUGGAUGCGAGCACGCGGGAUUCAAGAGAUGAAGGGGACCGGGAAAGGGAGCCUUUACUGCCAUCUUGAAGACCAAACAAUGGGACCGACAGUUGGGUUGUAUGCAUAUUUAUAAUUUAUUGAUUUCGAGCUCGAUCGACUCUUCUAUGCAGGCCUCAGCCAGAGCUUACCGGCGGAAUGAUAGCGACCUCAUCG